AUGUCCACCACGCCGCGGAGCAGCCGCAACAAGGACGACAUUAGCAAGCUCUUUCACGCUCAUAAGGAGUUGCUGAGAGACCUCUACCAAGGACGAGAUGGCAAGAGCAAAACGCUGGAGCAGAUCAAGGAGAUCAUGGAGGGAUAUCACGGUUUUCCAGACAUAUCAUUGCCGACAUAUGAGGUGAAGCUCAAAAAGGAUCUCGGUCUGCGCAAGAAACUCAGUCGCCACGACUGGCCCACAGUGUGGCACCACUAUAAGGCAAUCAAAGAGAGGAAAAAAGAGCCCCUUGUCAUCUACCUCAACGGUACCGAGAUUCCUUGGGUCAAGGCGUGGAAAGAGAUAAGGAGGAAUUGCGAUCACAAAGCAACACCACCUGCGCGCCUCCGCAUGUUGCCUCCAGGUGUUGUGAUUGCCACCCGGCCAGGCGUCGCCGCUUCUGACUCGAGUCGUUGCGGCAUCAUCACUGUUACUUCUGGUGAAGGGGUGUCUCCAUUCUCGUCAUCAAUCACCGGUGGGGAGCCUGGCAGCACAAAAAUGCCGAGGCCACCGGCUACUGCCAACGUGCUUGGACCAGACUCUUGGCAGAGCACUACACCCACAGUCGACGACGCAGCCGAAGGCGCUCAAUCGUCUCCGCUACUUGCACAAGUGUUUGACGAUAGCUUGUCGCUAGAGAGAUUCUGGGCCUCCUGGAGGGCGGGAAAUUGUCGCAAUCUGCCAUGGAUUCAAUUUAUGUCGUCUAUGUCCUAUGACAAGGACGUUUUUGUCUUCAUGAUGGAGGUAAACGACCGACGCUUCCAAGCAUCGCCUACAUUUGCAAGGGCUGCCGUCUUGGGUGCCGCCAAAUUUGGGUGCGUGGAGAUACUCAAUGACGUUUUGGCACGAGCGCAAGUCUGCGAUGACCACGCUGAGCUGCUAUCCAGAGCAAUUCGUUUGGCCAAAAGGAAUGGCCACCUGGCGUGUGCAAAAGGCCCGAGCGAGUUGUCGCGGUACUUGCAGUCAAUCAGCGGGGACCAGGACGAGCAAGCAAGAUUCUUACAGUUGGUGCUUGCAGAGCAGUUCGUACUCUUUGACAUCGGUGACUGGAGAGCUGAUGUCGCUGAGAUUGACUGGAACGUGGCUACAGCAUUGAUCGACUGCGGGGUGGACCCUACCUUGGCACUUCUCCAAGUCGAAGGCUUGGACGCUACGCUGCUAUUGUGUCGCGCAGUCAUGAAUCUACGUGCCCACGCAGUGAGCGGCCGUGCCCUUGAAUGCCUUGGUCGCCUCCUUGAGCAUGGCGCGGUGUUCGACUCGUUUGCAAUUGCGGCUGCCGUCUCAGACGCUGGAACGGACCUCUUGGCUUUGGUUCACAGUCUUGGUGCGGACAUCAGGACACUGGGAGGCCAGGCGCUGGCAUGGCCGGCGCGUCGCAACAAUUACGAUGCGGUCGCUUGGCUUCUGGCGGCUGGUGUGGACGUGCAAGCAGAUAUUCUCCAUGAAGACUUUGGCGGGGACAAGAUACUCACCGUGCUCGGGGCAAGCAUCUGGGGGCUGGUGCGCCAGUGGCGACGGCGCUGGACCGAUGGCCUCAGAGACAGGGUUGAACGCAGAGCAAGCCCGAUUGACGGGCCGGACCCCGGGAUGCUGGCCCACCUGGCCGCAAAAGGUGCUCCUUUGCGUCUCGACGCUGGCGACUCCUCCUCCUUCUGCUUGCUCCAGCAUGGGUUCCAUUUACGCCUGCCGAACACUUACAUCUUACUCGAACUGAGCGCAAUGGAUGGGAGUUGGCCGCUGUUCGAGUUCCUCCUGGACUGCGGUGCGCCACUCAGCCCCGGUAGCCCGCUUGCGGUGCUGAUAUACUACAAGGCGCCAUUUGCGCUUGUGCGCAGAGUUCUUGAUGCAGGGCCGUCUUUGAACGCAAUCUCCACCCAUGAAUCGAUCACCCCAGCGGCAGCUGCAGCUAUGCACUGGGAUCUCGCUCUGCUCAAGGAGCUCAUCGCAAGGGGCGCCAGCCUCGAUCUACCGCGACCUGGAGACGCGUUGUAUCACGCUUGUUCCAGCAACACUAUCAAUGCACGGGAUGCCCAAGCCCAAGUGGACACCGUCAAAUAUCUCCUCAGCCGUGCCGACAGUGUCCAUGUCCAGAUCCAGCUGACGUUUGCUGACGGACUUCGCGCAUCUGUCUUUCACGGCAAUCUUGAGCUUGUCCUGAUACUCCUGGAGGCUGGCGUGGACUGCAACAUCACUAAAUCUGUGCAUUGGCGAUGGAGAUCAGGGGUUAGCGUUCUGGAAAUCGCAGCCAGCCAAGGGCACCUCGAUAUCACGCAGCUCCUGCUCAACCAUGGAGCCAUGUGUGCCAGAACAGGAAGUACACCAUUCGAUGCCGCGAUUGAUGCAGCCCUGAAGGGGAAAGAGUUGCAGCAAAACGUUGAAGUUGCCAGAUUGAUCGCACGUUUCGCUAAAUCUCUAGGAUACCAGUUAAAGGACAAGCACCAGUGGCUAGCAUGACCCUUUACUUGACUAGUUGGGAUUAUGCUUUCUGGGCCUCCUAAUGUCCCUGACAAUAGGCCAGGCCAUUGGAAUAAAGCAUGGGACAUCAGACGGA